AUAGUUGUGACAUAUCUUUAGCAGCUGGCAUUCCAAUAAGCCUCAUUAGCUAAAGAACGUACGCUCUCAGUAUUUGCUGACGGCGAAGCAAUAACAAAAGAAGUACAGAAAAAAUAUUAAAUUGAAAAAAUCUGUAUGAACUGCAUAAGUGGCUAAAAAAAUUUGUGAAAACGCGUUUUGCUCCCAAAAAGGUACCUACCUUCAGGGGGUACGAAAUAAUAUAAAAAUUAACACUGGGCGAAUCAAAGUUUCGCCAGAGUAAACCGGGUAAUGGAAGGUGUUCGCAACGAAAUUUUGGCUUCAAAUGAAUCCCAAAUUCCAGCAACAAAAAAGGAGAAAGAUUUUUGUAGCAAGGACACUUUCAUUAUCGAUAAUGUAGUGCACAAGGAUAAUGAUUCAAUGUCGAAUUUGGCAACCACUCGAGCCGAUAAGCGGCCAGUAUAUUUAGACGCUCUGCCCGAUGAGAUAUUAGAGUUCAUACUCACUUAUCUACCACCCUACAGAGAUUUGGAAUGUUGUAGCUUGGUUUGUAAGCGUUGGAAUGCAGUUGUUAACAAUCUUAUACGUCGCUCUAAAUUAAACCUGCAUAAAGGUCUGCUGGAUUACCGAUUAAGAUGGGAGGUUUUUUCGCAGCAAACGGCUGCGAAAGUAGCGGCAUGUAAAAAUACAACAAAAAAUUUAACAGCACCUCCUGCCACGCCCCCAAUCAUAGCUGGCCGCUUCUCACAUUCUGCAGUGAGGCAUGGGAAUUCGAUGUAUGUUUUUGGUGGCGGGUCAUCUUCGGAUACAACAUUUAAUGAUUUGUGGCGCUUCGAUUUGUCCGAAAUGAUUUGGGAACGUCCGCUAUCUAUGGGAUCAUAUCCUUCACCGAAGGGGAGUGCAUCGAUAGUUUAUUGGGGCGAACAAUUGGUGUUGUUUGGCGGAUGGCGCUACCCAUCAUUGCAUCCACCCUACCAACCUUGGUGCCUGUUUGACGAACUUCAUUUCUACGAUUUAAAUAGCAACCGUUGGACACUACGUAUAACUUUACCAAGCCCACCGCCUAUGGCUGGUCACUCGGCCAGUGUGCAUGGCGAUCGUAUGGUUAUCUUUGGUGGCUACCAAAUUGCAGAGGGUUUGAACAGUAAUUCUAAUGAAACAUGGUGCUUAGAUCUGAACGAGUUAAAAUGGUGGCAACCGCGAUUUAUGGGCAACACAAAACCUCCACCACGCUAUGGUCAGUUUCAGUUGGUUUUAGAUGAGUAUCACCUGUUGAUUGUUGGAGGUUGUGGCGGUCCAAAUAGUGUAUACUCAGACGCUUGGCUAUUAGACAUGUCGCAAGAGGCUUGGUUAUGGCGUGCUAUACCGAUACGUAACAAAAAAUUUGGUGCUACUCACAUGUGGUGCAAUCCUGCCUGUAAGAUCGGCUCAAAAUUGGUUGUGCUAGGACCCACUCCUAAUAUGCCACAAGAUUUCCAGAUGAUGAAGCAGAUGCGAGUGCAUGUGGGUGGAUUUAGACGACCAGGUGGAGCACAAGGAGGUGAUGUGGCCGCCGAAAUGCCAGCACCUCGUUAUGGUGCUGUGCAACAACAAAAUAAUCGAAACAAUCCUUUCGAUCGACAACGACUUUUAGGAGGCGGACUGCAAAUGGCUGCAAUUGCACCAAAUCCACCUCCUGGACAAAGACUAAACCUACAACAUAGACUUGAUAAUGCACGAUUAGUUGGUCCUGAUGAGCAAUAUUUCGCCAAUCGGCGUGCUAUUCUACAACAGAAUCAACAGCAGCAGGCUAAUAAUAUUUUUAAUAAUAAUGAUAACAAUAGCAAUAAUAAUAAUAUUCAACCGCGACGUGGCCGGCUUAGUGAUUUGCAUGUCAAUAUAUCCGCUCAAAAUUCACUGGCUGUCGAGGAGCGUAAUCAAAACCGUCCAACUUGUUCAAACUCCGUGGCACCCUCCUCUUCUAAUUCAUCAGCGGCCACAUCAACACUUUUAUCGUCAUCAAGUGCAUCCGUAUUCCGCACUAAUGGAAUCCCCUCCCCACGGAACGAUAACGACUCCCCUGCGCCUAAUAAUGGAGGAGUUUCAGCAACUGUGAGUGGUAAUCAUUCUAAUGACAUAGAAGCGGCGAAUCGUUUGCAACGAAACUUAGCACUACGUUGUAGAGAUAACGAACCUUUAUUGCCCAAACGUUUCGAUGAAUUAUAUGAAGAUCCUUUUAGAAUGGCGGCAUUUAACGUUCAAAGUAAGCCUCGCAGCGUUUCAAAAGACCAUAAUGAGCGUAUACGUCGGAUGGAAGAAAAGAUGAAUGCUUUAAGAAACUCGCGUCGUAACGCAAUGAUAGGAGAACCCAAGGCAAUAAAAGAGCCUUCUCCAAAACGAAUUAAGCGAAAUGUUCUUUCCUUAUUUGUAUGUGAUCUCUCGGCGGCAAUGGAUAAAGACGAUCCUUAUCUCCAGUGGGUGGAGUAUAAAAACUAUGGUGUUAUAGCUGGAGCUCCGGAACGAUUAAUACUAUCCACAAUGGUUGCGGGACAUGGUGAACUGAUAUUGUUUGGUGGUGUGCAUAAAGAGACACUGGGCGAGAUAACACAUCAGGUUUCGAACUCGGUUCAUUUCCUAAGCGCGCCGCGUGAAAUAAUUUAAUUUAUCUCAAAGGUAAAUAAGAAUUUAAAAAAUAAGAGAAGUGUGCUGUUCGAAUCUUGUUGGAAAGGAAUAAGUGAUAUAACCACUAGUUUUCUAAUCCCCUUUUAAAAUAUCUAACUGUGUUAGAGUUAAGAGCGUUUCACUGAGGAAUUUAAAGUGUGUAAUAAUUAAAAACAAAUACAAACAUGCUGCCAGAAGAUCGAAAAAUCAAACUUAUAUUUCAACGCAGAAUAUAAAAAAUGUAAAUAGUGAUCAAUUUCUAUUUUUAAAACUAACCAAGGUACAUUUGAUAAGUUUUUUCGUCCUUCAGAAUAAUUAUUAAAAAUUAUUAAGAUCAAGUACAAUCGGAAUUUUGUGUGUGUGUGGGAAAAUUAAUCGGUUAAAGAUCAGAUUUUUAUCUCUUGUGCAAAAGAUGUCAGCUUAAUUACUAGUAUAAAAUAUUAUACUUAAAAUGUUCCAAUUUUCUUUAAAUAUGUUCAAUAAAAUAAUUUUGAAUCCAUA